AUUGAAUGAGUGAGGAUUGGAGGCUCGAGCGCCUAGCACGACACAGUGCUGCUUAUACCACAGCAAGACGAGGAGCUAACGUCAUUACAACUCUUGUCAUCGUCAGUCGCUUUACAGCAUCUGAAGGCACUCCGGGCAGAAAGAAACCCAUGAACCGGUCACCAGGCAGCACGCAGACUAAACGACCUGGGUUGCCUGUGGUCCCCUAUCGGUUUUAGGGCCGUUUUUUCACUUAAUAUUCUGUUGGGACUGAGAGGCUGUUGAAGGAAAUUUGUUUUGGACCGUCCACAAUGCUAAGCGCUGUUAAAAUGGAAGGACACGAGCAUUCAGACUGGAAUGCUUACUACGGAGAGCCCGAGGUGGGUAGAGUUUAAAUAUAUAUGCAUGUUGCUGUCUAUACAACUCAAUAUUAGCCUUGAGAUAAUAUUAACUUUGUGAUCAAAUAUUGACUCGAGGCACCAUAGAAAUCCUACCAGGAUCUAUUCGCUCUUCUGACCAAUUUCUAGUGAGGAUGGAAAGAACAUUUACGAAAUAUAUAACUUGAGUCUUUAUUGUUUAGAAAAUCUAAUUGAAUCUGAAAUGUAUUUCAUAUUAUUUAAUCGUAGCCUAUAAUUUCUCUUUUGACUAUGUAUCGAAUUAGGCUAUUACGGAACCUACAAUGAUCCCUUCGCCUCAUUAGGCUACACUCCUUGACUAAUUGUCCCCCUUUUCAAUCGCUUUCGUUUUGUGUUUUGAUAAGACUUGGAAUAAAAUAGUUUUAGAAUAUUCUUUAGGAUGUAGGUCUAUAUGCACGUCUUCCCUAUUUGAACUUAAUUGUUUGAAGUUACAAAUUAAGAUUGGAUAUUUGGCCGACUGAAAAAUAUAUUUUGAUCUAAGUGACAACAAAUUUCUGUAGGCAUAAUUAUUUCGAUGUGAUUUUAAUAGGUCUACUUCAUUCACAUUGUUAAAUAUAUUAUUGACGUUGUGCACUCUUUUUUUGACAGUGCUAUACCUCAGUUGGGAACAUGACACAACACACCGGUCUAGGAAUGAACUCGAUGAGCACCUAUAUGAGCAUGCCUGGAAUGACUUCAACCAGCAACAUGUCAGGCAGCCCCAUGAACAUGUCAUACGUCAACACGGGUGUGAACCACUCCAUGGCCGGGAUGUCACCGGGCUCCGGGGCCAUGCACGGUAUGGGAGCAGGGAUGGCGGGCAUGAGCGCGGCGCUGAACCCGAACAUGAGCCCCAUAAACACCCAGUCUCCAUCGAUGAAUGCCCUGUCGUCCUAUAGUAAUAUGAGCGUUAUGAGCCCCAUGUAUGGACAGUCCAACAUAAGGUCAAGGGACCCCAAAACAUACCGGAGAAGCUAUACGCACGCCAAGCCCCCAUAUUCCUACAUUUCUCUCAUCACCAUGGCUUUACAGCAGUCAACCACAAAGAUGCUGACGUUGAAUGAGCUAUACCAGUGGAUCCAGGACCUUUUCCCCUUCUACAGACAGAACCAGCAGCGCUGGCAAAACUCUAUCCGCCACUCUCUAUCCUUCAACGACUGCUUCCUCAAAGUGCCCAGGUCCCCGGAUAAGCCGGGCAAAGGAUCUUUCUGGACUCUUCACCCGGACUCAGGGAAUAUGUUUGAGAACGGCUGCUAUCUCCGGAGGCAAAAGCGGUUCAGGUGCGAGAAAGACCUCGGCAGGGAGACCGGGAAGAAGGCUUCCGAGGGCGGCUCUAACAGCAGCCCAGAGAGCUGUAACGGUAACGAAUCACCCCAUCCUACCCCGUCCGUUAAAGACGUCAAACGGCCAUUAUCUGACCCGAAACCCCGGCAGCAGGUAAUGAGCCCCGCCGAGCACGCGCCGUCUCCUAUCCCACAGACGCACCAUCUCCUGUCUCAGCAUCACUCGGUGCUCGUGCACGAAGCGCACCUGAAGCCCGAGCACCACUAUUCAUUCAAUCACCCCUUCUCCAUCAACAAUCUAAUGUCGUCGGAGCAGCAGCAUCACCACAAAAUGGACCUAAAAACGUAUGAACAGAUGAUGCAGUACGGCUAUGGUUCACCGAUGACAGGGGCACUGUCCAUGGGCUCAAUGUCGACUAAAACGGGCAUAGAUGUUGCUUCGACACCCACAGACACUUCUUACUACCAAGGUGUGUAUUCGAGGCCAAUCAUGAACUCUUCUUGAAUUUGAAUCUGCAUUCAAUUAACUUUUUCUAGCAAUUACAAUUUGUACAUUUGUAAAUUGAUUGUUUUUUUGUUUUUAUGCAUCACAUUUUAUGGACAUUGGACAUGGAAGGGACUGAUUCAGUGUCAAGUUCGUUCAGAGUAUGUUGAUAUGUGACGACAUUAUUUCAAACAGACACUUUUACAUUAAUUGAAGGCGUAACUGUGGGAUUCACAGGCACAGCGGAAAUGUAUGUUACAAAUUGUGAGACGUGCUUUGUGCCAAUAUCGUGUGUAUCCCUUAUAACUUAGGCUAUAAUUUUUUCAUGUGUAUUCAUGUAGCAAGCGAAAAUCUAUAUUAAAGUAUUAUUUGAUAUGACCUUUCUGUG